AUGCUCCACGAUUGGAUUGAAAGAACUGAUCAACUUUUUGUCGCCAGUUUCAAAAUCUUAUUUUUCGUCUUUGGAACAUUUGGAAACUGUUGCUUUAUUGCUUUAAUAUUCAAAAACCAAAGAUUGAGAUCAAAAUCUUCAUACCUGCAAUGUUUUCAAUGCCUUUUCCAAAUUAUUUGCCUUCUGGGGACCAUGGUUGAUGUUGGAUUAGCUUUCCCAGAUAUUCAGUUGGAUAGAACAUCCUGUUUUCACGUUAUGAUUCCAUUUAUUUUCUUUGAAGCGGCCCAAGCAGUCAUCAUUUUAGAGCUAGUUGCUGAUGUUUAUAUAAUCGUGAAACUACCAGUUCUCUAUAAAAAAUGUGAUACGUGGAUGUAUCUAUCAGGUGCUCUAGUGGUUCCUUCAAUUGUUGGAGCAAUAUUUGUGAGCUGGGGAUUCACGAAUUUGGACUACGAAGAAAUCUAUUUUUGUAGUCCAACUUCGUCCCUGCACACCGUGGCAAGUAAAAACUACACACGAUGCAUUGUUCUAACAAACACAUUAACCGUUAUCAUAUUUGCCACGUUGAUAACAAUAUUUUAUAAGAAAAGCAAGAAUAAUAAUAAAGAAUCUACAAAAGUAAUGAAACGUCUUCAAUUCUCAGUUGCAGUGUUUCUAGGAUCUUGGUAUAUUACCAUUUUCACAUAUUACGUAUGCAUCGCCGUUGGUGUGACAGGAGAAGAUUUACACUUUGUAAUCAAUAAUAUGUCAUUUUUCACAUGUCUUGCAUAUACACAAACGUUUUAUAUAAUAAUCUACACAUCAAAAGAAUAUAGAAUAGCAUUUAAAGAAUUGAUCGGUGAAAAGCAAAAACAAAUGGAUAUGCUGAACACUCAUUCAUCACGAGUAUCUGCACUUCAUGGACCUACAAGGAUCGCCUAA